CAAUAACAAAACAAAGAAGACUGAACGCGACUGGUAGGAUUACAGAAUCCGGUACAUAGAUGCGCGUUAGAUAUAAAUAUACAGAGCAGACUCAUUGCAGGGAAUGAGUCCUACGCGCACAGACGGGCGCAGUCAUGAGAUCUAAUACAAGUUUCAAUUGACCUUGUCAGACAAAAACAUUGACUGCUUGUGGCCGAAAGCUGACAUUUUUAAAUCAUCUUAUCAUGGAGGCGAUUAUUGAUGUUCUUAAUACAUUCCACAUAGAAACCAGCGGAUUAUCUUUGACACUUGGCCUCCUCUUCCUGCUUCUGCUGUACUGGUAUUCAGUUUACCCCUUCUCAGUCCUCAGUCAAUGUGGAAUCAAACAUCCAAAACCAGUUCCCUUCUUCGGCAAUCUUUUCCUGUUUCGUCAGGGUUUUUUCCAGCCUGUGUCCGAACUCAUAAAGACAUAUGGUCGAGUUUGCGGGUAUUAUUUGGGAAGGAGACCAGUGGUGGUCGUGGCGGACCCUGACAUGCUCAGACAAGUGAUGGUGAGGGACUUCAGCAGCUUUCCAAACAGAAUGACUAAUCGCUUUGCCAACAAACCUAUGAGCGAUUGUCUGCUCAUGUUAAAGAAUGAGCAGUGGAAAAGAGUCCGCAGUAUAUUGACUCCGUCCUUCAGUGCUGCCAAAAUGAAAGAGAUGGUUCCACUCAUCCAAACAGCCACAACUGGCCUAAUGAAAAACCUGGACGUCUAUGCUGAGUCAGGGGAACCCUUUGACAUUCAUGGGUGUUUUGGCUGCUACACUAUGGAUGUAAUCGGCAGCGUGGCGUUUGCAACUCAGGUGGACUCUCAAAACAACCCAGACGACCCAUUUGUCCGUCACGCUCAGAUGUUCUUCUCCUUUUCUUUCUUCAGGCCCUUCAUGCUUUGUUUCCUUGCUUUUCCACACAUUAUGGCUCCACUGGUGGGAAUCAUUCCUAACAAACGUCGCCACCAAAUGAACAACUUCUUCAUCAACAGUAUUCGGGGAAUCAUUAGACGGAGGGAGGAGCAACCUCCUGACCAGAGGCGGCGAGAUUUCCUUCAGCUGAUGUUGGAUGCACGCAGCAGCAAGGAGGCUGCGGUGUCUUUGGAACACUCUGAUGCAGCAAGCCACAGUGCUGAGUCAGAUAGUCCAGAGUCUAGUCUCCCCCUUCCAGAGUCAUCCACCCGACGUCCGUCAAAAAAAGUGAUAACAGAAGAUGAAAUUGUCGGCCAAGCUUUUGUCUUCCUGCUGGCUGGCCACGAGACUAGCAGCAACACGUUGGGCUUCACCUGCUACCUGCUGGCAAUCCAUCCGGAGUGUCAGUGCCGAGUCCAGGAGGAGGUGGAUGACUUCUUCAGCAAACAUGAGUCCCCUGACUACACAAACGUCCAGGAGUUGAAAUAUCUCGAUAUGGUUGUAUGUGAAGCAUUACGACUCUAUCCUCCAGGAUUCAGGUUUACACGAGAAAUCGAGCAAGACUGUGUGGUGAAUGGAGUGUGCCUCCCAAAAGGAGCCUUAUUGGAGAUCCCAGCGGGUUUUCUUCACUAUGACCCGGAGCAUUGGCCCGAGCCUGAGAAGUUCAUCCCUGAGAGAUUCACCCCCGAGGCGAAAGCCAGUAGACAUGCAUUUGUGUACCUUCCUUUUGGGGCCGGGCCCCGCAACUGUGUGGGCAUGAGACUGGCCCAACUUGAGAUCAAGAUGGCUCUGGUCCGUCUCUUCCACAAGUUCAACAUUAUACCCUGCUCUGACACAAAGAUCCCGCUUGAGUUGAAGUCAUCAAGCACCCUGGGACCAAAAAAUGGCAUUUUGGUCAAGAUCACAAGAAGAGACAUUUGCAAGAAAAAUGGGAUGGGUACUGGUUAAUCUUAGGAAUGCUUUGUUGCUGCUGCAAUAGUCUCGAUAGGGAUGAACUCUAUGCUGCUAGAAAUAUAUAAGCUUUUCAGAAAACAAGUGGUGAUGGCUUAUCUUUGUUCGGGAAGCAGGAAACCUAUGGCAAGGACAGUAUUUUGGGGUGCUGCAUGUAGGAUUUCUUUUAGUUUUGACUUAAGGUGGAAAAACUGAAUACUCCAGAGGCACUGUACAUUAAAAUAACAUGUUUUGGAUUGAG